UUUUUUUUGGAAUCCAGUGUACAACAAUAAUUGUCGUCGUUGUCGUGACUUUAAUCAAGUCCAGCUUUUACAUGACAGACAGAUAGAGAAACAAAGUAGAAUAGUUGCCUUUUUUUUUUUUAAUUAUUGCGAUAUCAAUAUCCAUAAUGCCUACUACAUAUAUUCCUACUAUUGUUCAAGACGAUGCUCAUGCUGAUGGUAUUUGGGAUGUUGCUUGGUCAAAUAAAACUAAUUUAAUCGCUACAGGAUCUGAAGAUAAUACAAUUAAAUGUUGGGAUGGCAAUUCAGGUGAAUUGAAAUUUACUCUUGAAGGACAUGUAUUGGCAGUUAUUUCAGUCGAUUUUUCACAAGAUGGAACUCGUCUUGUUUCUAGUUCAAUCGAUUCUAGUCUUCGAAUUUGGGAUGUUGAAAAUAAUGGAGCACUCAUUAAAACAAUUACAGCAACACCUGUUGAAGCUUGGAAAGCUAAAUUUAGCCCAGAUGGUCAAUACAUUGCAACUGGAUCACAUAAUGGUGAUAUAAAUAUUUAUAGUGUCGAGUCAGGAGAAAAAGUGCAUAGUUUACCAACAAAGGAUAAAUUUAUCAUGUCAAUAGCCUUUAGCCCUGAUGGUAAAUAUGUUGCAGGUGGAGCCGAGGAUGGAGCAAUUUAUGUAUUUAAUGUAGAAACAAAUCAGUUAGCACAUACUUUGACAGGACAUGCUAUGGCUGUCCGUACAGUUACAUUUACAAGUGAUAGUAAAACCUUGAUUAGCGGAAGUGAUGAUAAGUGUAUUCAUGUUUAUGAUGUGGAACAUGGACAAUUGGCUUCUACUUUAACAGGCCAUUCUGACUGGAUUUUAUCUGUUGCAGCUAAUCCAGAUAUUAGUAAACAGCAACUAGCUAGUUCUGGAGCAGACAAGCGUAUUAAAAUUUGGGACCUUGGUUUAAGAUCAGUAUUGGAGACACAUGAAGUACAUACAGACCAAGUUUGGGGAGUUGCAUGGAAUUCUGAAGGAACUAAAUUAGUAUCUGGUUCUGAUGAUAAAUCUCUUAAAUGGUUUGCUAGUAGUGGUUCAUCAUAAAAAUAAAACUUAAUUCUAUGUAUUAGAUAAAUAUAAUGUAAAAAGAAAAAGAACCAAGCUAUGUAGAGUUAGUUCCUUUAAAUAUGAUGGCUUACUCUUCAUUGCUGCUAUUCUGUUUUGAUUUCUUAAUGCAAAGAGAUUACUAAUAUGCCCUGGAAAAGUCAACAAUUUUUUUUUUAAAUGUCUUGUUUAAAACUCUUGAGAGGAUUCCUUUUGUUUCUUGUUGACACUUCUUUUGAAUACUGAGUAUCCUCCAACACUAGUUUACUGUUGCUGUUAAACAUUCUAAUAUCUUGAAACAAUUUUAGAUAGAAUUGAUAAAUAAUAC